CCAAAAUUUCAGGCUGAAAACAGUGGAAACUGAGAGACCACACCGUUUCGUUAUUAGUCCUGAAUAAUCCUGAAAACCCAUAUAUUCCCCAUGGUAUACGUAAACGAGCUAAGAAGAUGUUAAAUUUAAAAUGUUUAUUAGUUAUUUGCACAAUAAUUUCUGUGGUGUUUGGAAAAGAGUUUAAUACUUCCAAAUAUGAUUAUAAAGAAACAACCGAAUCAAACAAACAAACAACAGAGUAUCUAAAACAGGAAACAACACUACAAAAGGCGAUUUCCUGGCUUAUUACUCAAAGGGAAACGAAUUGGGGUUGGAGGAAUGACACUCCAAAAGUUUUGACGGCCAUACAACUGGCCAACCUGGACAAGGUUGGCGAGGAAUCCCCCCUGUCUAACCUGGAAAUGCAACUGUCAACCAAACAGAUGGAAGUGGAGAUAGUUUUGUUACUAUGGAGACAUCACGAGGUCCCGUUAACACCACCACAACUGGCCCAAUACUCUCUAGCCCUGAAUUCUCUGUGUUACGACCCGAAACAAUUCCACGGGCAUGAUUUGAUCGCGACUUUACAACACCACGAGCCAGUGCACGAUCUAGAUUUUGCGCUGGCUACGUUAAGCGCGUGUACAUCUAGAUCCCACGUCCGGAAGAAGCAAAUUAGACGGCUGCUUGAUAUAGCAAACACGGCUAAGGACCACAACAUAGAUACGGUAGCAAUGACGAUUUUGGCACUGAGGUGUAUAGUGAAGGAUCACCGUCACAGAAAUUUGCAACACUCUUUGAGAAGACCCAGCAUAAGUUUGGCAAGGCAGCAGCAACACGACGGUGGAUUCGGCAACGUCUAUAACACCGCAUUGACCAUGCAGGCUUUACACGAUGUAAACGAGGUUUUCAACCACUGGAACAAAUCUUCGGCUAGAAGUUACAUCGAGACUAGGCAGGACCCUGAUGGGGCGUUCACGGACCCCAAUUUGACAGCUGAUGUUAUUUUGGCGCUAAGCGAAAAAGGUUUCGGUUCAAUCCGAAACUUAGACUGCGGAAAAUACGACAACGACAUGGAAAACCAAGUUGAAAUUGACGGUUUGGUGAAAACACCAUCCAUCCACGGUAACGAUUCGGAAAUAAGGAACGUCACCGUGACGUACACGUUGUGGUUUGGCACGAACGUUACGGAAAACACCUCUAUAAGCAUAACAGCGCCGAGAAACACGUCUUUCUACAACAUAAUGCAAUCGGCCAUGAAUCUGGACAACAGAUUCACUUUCGAGGCAAGCGAAUGGCCCAACGGGCAUUACGUGCAUACUCUAGCCGGGUUUAAAGAGGAACCAAUGGGUUACCACUACUGGCUACUCUACAGACUACCGGAGUUUCCGGACCCGAUGGCCCCGCCCGCCAAUCAACUGGUAGCUCCCGUGGGAGUGGACGACCUUCUGAUCGAAGAAGGCGAUCAUUACUUGUUUUGGUACAAAAAGUUGUAAGCACAAACUUAUACGUCAAAAAUUUACAUUUUUGAUAAAAUUGCUGAAAUGCUGAGAAAAAAUCCGUUUCAAUGAAUGGUCGCAACCCAUAUCUAGGAACACCCUGUAUACACCUCGAUUGCGUUUUGUUUUUCGUUAUUUUACGUCCAAAAUACGUCAUGCGACCCCUUAAUCGAACGGAAAUUUUCCUGGCUAUUCGUUGGUUUAAUUUAAAAUUAAUUAUAUAUGCUUAUAAGUAUCAUCAAUAUUUUGUAAAGUAUAUAAAAUAAAAAUAUUUAUUGAUAAUGUUAGGAAGACAGGGAUUGGUUAAUACACACACACAUUCAUACAAAAUAAGUGAAGUAUACAAUAAUAUGUAAUUUAAAUUCCAUCCCUGAAUAAAAAUGUUAAGUAUGU